AAGUGCAAGCAAGCAGCUCCGGCUCCAGAGGGCCGAAGUAUCUACGACGUCUAUCUCCCUCUCUCCUCUCCGGGCCAAUCCGCUAUGUCCGCCACCUCCACCAGCGGCAGCGCCGCCCCCGCUGCGGCGGACCAAGAAGACUUGUUUCGCCGGCCCCCUUCUACCGAUGCCAGCGACCUCAUUGAGCCUUCCGGCUCGGUUCCCACUCAGGCCGUCCCUUUCUCCUCCGGAAACCCUAGAAUCGAGGAAACUAGAGGAAUCAUGCUCCUCUAUACUGAAGACGCCUCUUCGCCCUCCAAUCUCCCGGUAGGGAGGAAGCCUCUUGUUUGCGUGCUGGCAGUUCCAAACCACAUGACGUAUGCCGAUUUCUGCCAGUUCUGUGGUUCCUUCAUUCAACACAUGCUUGAGAUGCGAAUUGUGAGGAAUGAUGGAAUGGAGGACCAGUAUAGUGUUCUUAUAAGGUUUGAUAAUCAAAGUUCCACAGAUGGGUUCUAUCAGCAUUUCAAUGGGCGCCAGUUCUCAUCUCUGGAGAUUGAUAUUUGUCGUGUCCAUUAUGCUGUAGAUGUACAAUACACAGGAUCAAUAGAACAUGCACAAAACUCACUUGCAAGUUCAGCUGAACAGCCUGCUUGUCCAGUAUGUCUCGAAAGACUAGACCAAGAUACCAGUGGAAUUCUCACCACGAUUUGCAAUCAUUCGUUCCACUCAUCAUGUAUAUCCAAAUGGACAGAUUCUUCUUGCCCAGUUUGCAGGUACUGCCAGCAGCAACCUGAAAAAUCAACUUGUUCUGUUUGUGGCACUUCUGAGAACCUAUGGAUGUGUGUUCUCUGUGGUUUUAUUGGCUGUGGAAGAUACAAGGAUGGGCAUGCUGUAAGACAUUGGAAAGAAACACAACACUGCUAUUCACUUGAACUGGAAACUCAACGAGUCUGGGAUUAUGUUGGGGACAACUAUGUUCAUCGGCUAAUACAAUCAAAAACUGAUGGAAAGUUGGUUGAGUUGAAUUUCCACUGUCCUCAUGGAGAUGAUAUGUGUGGAAGUUGUGAAUGCAGUGCAGAUUCUGGAAUCAGCGAGGUUCUCUUGAACAGUAAAGUCGAAGCUAUUGUUGUGGAAUAUAAUGACCUCCUGACAUCCCAACUGGAAAAUCAGAGAAAAUAUUUUGAAUCCCUUCUGCUAGAAGUCAAGGAGCAAAACGAGAAAGAAAUUUCUGAGGCUGUUGAAAAAGCUGCAAGUUUAAAACUGCAGAAGUUGCUGUCCAAGCUUGAUAAGUGUAUUGAAGAGAAGAAGUUUCUUGAUGAUAUUAAUGAAAAUCUUAUCAAGAAUCAAGAGAUGUGGAAAGCAAAGAUUGUGCAAAUCGAAGAAAGGGAGCAAGCAGCAGUUAGAUCGAGAGAUGAAAAAAUACAGAAUUUGGAGGAACAGUUGAGAGAUCUAAUAGUUCAUAUUGAAACUCAGAGUACAGUAGAUGAACUUCCUGGUUCAGUGUCGAGUGAUAUAAAGGGUGGCACAGCCCUGUCAGCACCAGCAGCAUCGUCUUCUAGUAGUAAUGGCGCAAGGCGUUCCACAAGAAAUCGUAGAAGAAACUGAGCUUGGAAUUAUUCUCGAGUCUUUUGGAAGGGAGGGGGCAGGGUGUGUGUUAACGAAACUGUAUGGCCUAAUAGCCUUUGAUGCGCUAUCAGGCUAUCACGCGCCAUGGACAUAAAAAAAAAAGAAAUUUCUGUAUGUUUCUAUUCAAGAGCCAUCUUAUAUUCCAAGUGCACAGCAAGUGCAGUGAGAUC